AUGGAAAUUGUCAAAACAAACAAAGGAGGUAGCAAAAUUUGUUUUAAUGGUCAUAUGUACGUCAUUAAGCAUUUGGGGAAAAAUAAAAUAACAUGGCGUUGUAUGAAAGCGAGUUCUCUCAAGUGUACAGGGACAAUGUACACUGAAUUGCAACAUGAUAAUCCUGUAGAAAAAAAUCCACAUAAUCAUCUACCUGAUAAAGAAGAAAUAAAAGUUACUAAAUGUAUACAAAAAAUGAAGGAUCAAGUAACUUCUUCUAGUAUGAUAAAUCCUGUAGAAAUAUUUACGGAAAAUGUAUCGCAAAUAGAAACAGCAACUAAAGCUAGGAUGCCCACUGAAGACACGGUAAAACGUAUGCUAAGAAGACAACGAUCAAAAAACUGUCCUAUUAAUUCUACUAUGAUCGAAGGUAAUUGGUGCACGACUGGUGAGCCUAAUUUUAAAAGAUUUUUGCUAUAUGACAAUGGUUCAAACUCGGAUGAACGUAUUACAAUUUUCGCCACAGAUGCAGGCACGUAG